AUGAGCUAUAAAAAUAAUGAGAAACAUAUGGAUGAAGAAAAUGAUCAGGAGAGUGAUGAUGAUUUUUUUAAAGUAAAUAGAAAACCUCACAUUAAUGAUGAUGCCGAAGAAGAUGAUGAGGAUGAUGAUAAUGAUAAUAAUAAUAAUAGUAAUAGUAAUAAUAAUAAUAAUAAUAAUAAUAAUAAUGUUAAUGGAGUUGAUCUAGAUGAAGAGGAUGAAGAUGAUUAUGAAGAUGAGAAUUAUCUUGUAGGAGAAGCCAUAGAAAUUGAUGAAUCAAAACUGAAAAGCGAAAAAACGGAAGAAGAUAUAUUUAACGAGAAUAAUUUAUUACAUGGAAUAAAAACAAGAGAAUUAUUAGAACAAGAGAUAUUAAUUCUUUUUAGUAACAUGUUAAAAAAAGAAACUAUUUUAAGUAAAGAUACAAAAAAUCAUAGUAAUGAUACUAUGGAUGAUUUGUCAUCAUAUAAAGAUGAUAUGAUUGAUGAUAAAGAAUUAAAAGAUUUUGAGAAGUCUAGUUUAAAAAUAAAGAAUAAAGAAGUAUAUAAUUUUAUAUAUAAUAAAAUGAAUUUACAUAUUAAAGAGAAUAAGAAAAAAGAAGAAAAAGAAAAAAAGAAUAAAAUACAUAAUAAUGAUGAAAAUAAUAAUAUAAUGAAUUAUAAAAAUAUAGAUAAAACACAUUAUAUAUUAGAUAAUAAUGUUGUUCAUAUAUUAAAUGAUAUAAAUACCUAUUUAAAAAGAGAAAGAGAUUAUAUGAAUAGAAAAUUUGGAACAUAUAUAGAUUCAACAUAUAAAAAUCCUAUGUAUGUAACAUUAUAUAUAUUUAAUAAUGAUAUAUUAAAAGAUAUUAUAUUACAAGUAAUAGAUAUUAUUAGAAAUGAUUAUGAUCAUGCAAUAUAUAAAGAUAUAGAUGAAAAUCAAUUAAUAAAAAAUAUAAUCAUCUUAAUAAAUAAUUUAACAACAAGACCAAGUAAGGAAUGGUUUGAUUAUUGGAAGAGACACAUGCCUACAUUUAAUGAUAAAAAAAGUGAAUAUAAUGUAUAUAAAUAUUUACAAUUACAAAAAAGUGAUAGAAGAAUAUUAUAUGAUACUUUAAAGAAUGAUAUAUAUAUUAAAGAAUUACAAAAAAGAUCUGAUAUAUUAGAUCAAUAUCAAAAAGGAUUACAAAGUUUAAAAUGUUUACUAGCUAAUAAAAAUUUCUUAACAAUGCUAAAUGAAUUUAGAUAUAAUUGUCAGCUUUUUAUAGAUGCAGAUUAUAGAGAAAUCGAAGAAAAUGAAAAAGUUAUUGAAAUGGAAAGGAAACAAAAUGAAUUACUUGACGAAAAAAAAAAAUUAAAGGAAGAGUUGGAAUCUUAUCAAGAUGAUGAUUCAACGGAUGAUGAGACUAAUGUGAGUGAUGAAAUGGGGGGGGUCACACAUGAUAAAAUAAAAGACAACAUAAAAGACAAUAUUAAUGAUAAAAUAAAAGACAACAUAAAUGACAACAUAAAUGACAAUAUGAAUGGUAAUAUUAAUGAUAAAAUAAAUGACAAUAUUAAUGAUAAUAUGAAUGACAAUAUUAAUGACAAUAUUAAUGACAAUAUUAAUGACAACAUAAAUGACAACAUAAAUGACAACAUAAAUGUAGGAAAAAGGAAUUCUUAUAAAUCCCAUUCAGAAAAAAAAAAAAAAAAUAAUGUGAUAAGAAGCAAAAUUUACAAUAUAAAAAAACGAAUAAGCAAAAUUAAUGAUGAAUUACAUGAAUUAUCAAAUUUUUUUUUAACAGAUAAAACUAAAAGAGAGAAAUUAAUGUAUGAAUAUAAUGAAAAUGUCUUUUUGGUUCGUAAUAUAUUAACCCAAGUUUUAGGUAUAAGAAAUAAAACAGAAAAUCGAGAUAUUAAUUUAAAUAAUAUACAUUAUGCAAUAUUACAAAAUAUUUUAGAUAAACAUGGAUGUCUUCAUUUAAUAAUUGAUGAAAUGAAAGAUUUAUUUGAAAAAGAAAUAAAAAAAUAUGAAGAAGAAAAUAAUAUUUAUAUACCAUAUAUUAAACAAAAUACUAUGAAACAAAUAUGGGAAUACAUAAGAUUAUUUUAUAAUAUUAUAUGUUAUAUUGAUCCAAUUGACUUGGUCAAAUCAUUAACAUAUCAAAAAAAUAAAACAAAAAAAUAUACACACAAAAAUAUUAAUAUUAAUAAUAUAUAUAGUAAUAAUAAUAUAUAUAGUAAUAAUAAUAAUAAUAAUAAUAAUAAUAAUAAUAAUAAUAUAUAUAAUAAUAAUAUUAAUUUAAAAAAUGUUGAUAAAGAUACUAACAAAAGGAAAAGCAUGGGAAAACAAGAAAAUAAAAGGAAAAGUAAUUAUAUAAAUAUAAAACAGAAAAAUUUAAUGAUCACACAUCUUUCUAGAAUCAAUCCUUUACUAGCCAAAUCUAAAGUAAGGAAACCAAAUGAAGAAAAACAUUUAAAAAAAAGGAAAAAGAAAUUUAUAGAAAGAAAAAGUUUAAUAGAUCACUAUGAAAUAUUUUCUUUUGAAGAUUUUUCUUUUAAUAUGUUUUCAGAAGAUCGCUUAUUUAAUAAAUAUAAUAUUUUAGAUAUAUUUGAUUAUAGUAAUCUAUAUAAAAUUCAAGAUUUUCUAAAUAAUAUUAUAGGUAUUAAUGAAGAAUUUGAAAGUAUAUAUGAUAAUGAUGAUAGUUUUCAAUAUUCAUUAAAAGUAUUUCUAAAUAUAUGCAUUAAAGAUUUAAGAAGAUGUAUAAAAGAAUUUUAUAAUUAUCAAUGGGAUAUCAAAAUUAUUUUAAAUAUUCAUGCAUGGAUUGUAACUUAUUAUACUAAUUUAUAUAUAUAUGAAAAUAGGAAAAGAUUUUAUAAUUCUAGAAAACAAAAAAAAAAUAUAAAAAAUUAUGAAAUGAAAAGAGAAGAUCAACAUAUAUCUUCAAAAGAAUAUACAUAUCAAAAUGAAUCUGAAAUUAAAGAUUAUCAUCAUCAUCAUAAUAAGAAGAAACAAAAUGAAGAUAAUCAAAAUUAUAAUAAUUGUAAUUAUAAAGAACAAGAUAAUGAUAUCAUAAAUCAUAAUACAUAUGUUAAAAAUGAUAAUCAAAGUGAGAAUUCAUCAUUAUUUAUUUCUAGAAUUCAAAUGGUUUUAGGUUUACAAAUGUAUAUAGGAGAUAAUAGUAUUCAUUCAGAAUUUUUAUGUGAUACAUUUCAACGUGUUAUAAGAGAAGAAAAAAUGAUGAAAAAUAGUAGUCAAGUUAUAUUAUGUUGUUUAAGAUGUCUAUAUGCAGAUCUUAAUUUAUUAGAUAUACAUUCUUUAUCUACAGAUGAAAAUGUAAAAUCUAUAUGUAAAACAUCAUUAGACAAUUUUCUCAAAAGAAAUAUAUUAACAACUUUAAGUUGGAUCUUACAAAAUUUUAAAAUAUUAAGUCAUGAAAAACAUAUUUUUAUAUAUUCUUUAAAAUGUGCAUUGCUUAUAAUAAAUUUAUUAUCAAAAUUGGGUGGAACCACAUAUAUAGUAAAAGAAAAAAAAAAUAUUCAUAAUGAUCAAGAUGACGAAGAUAAUAAUAAUUAUGAUGAUGAUGAUGAUGAAAAUAAUAAUAACUAUGAUGAUUAUUAUAAUACAAUGGAUAAAAAAAAAUAUAAAAAACAUUAUAAUGAACCUAUGGAAAAAAUCGAUGUUUCUGAUUUAGUUGAUGAAAUUUUUAACGGAAAAAUAGUUAAUAUAUGUAUGAAUAUUUUAGAAAAUUUUAAAAGAAAUAGUUUAUAUAUAAAUGAUUUAAUUAUAACAUAUUUUGAAUAUUUAAUAAAACAUAAAAAUAAUGAAUAUAAUUUCUUAAUAUUUUUUGAUAUGAAAUAUUUUCUUAUAUUUAAAGAUAUUAUUAAUGACCCAGAAGCAUAUAAUAAUCCACAUUAUUAUUGGAUACCAUGUUUCUUUGAAAAUAUUAUUGCAUGCUUUUUUAAAUUAUGGAAAAGUAAUUAUUUUAUUGUUAAUGAACUUUUAUUUACAAAAGAUAUUAAUAGAAAUAAUUCAAAUUUAUUAAAUGAAAAAUAUCUAUUAUCUAUAUUUAGUAAUUAUAAUGAAGGUAAUGAUCCAUUCAUCUUUCAACAAUUAAAUGAAGGUACUUUUAUAAAUGAUAUAUUUAUUCAAUUAAAUAGUAAAAAAAGAUUAGAAUCUUUAGAAUGGUCUAAUGAUGAUAUAGAAAAUCUUAAAUUCUAUUUUAAACAAUUUAAACACAUGCAUAAUUUCUUACCUUUUAUAAGCGAAAUGUUAAAUAAAUCAUCUAAUGUAGUAAAAAAUCAAUUAAUAUAUUUAAAUUAUUUAGAUAAAAGAGGAAAAAUUAUAUAUGAUGAUCAAUAUGAAAGUGAUCACAUUCUUUCGUCUUCCUCAUCCUCAUCAUCGUCAUCAUCAUCAUCAUUAUCAUAUUUAUCAUCACAUAGCAAGAAAUCAGAUAAAUCCUUAAAAAUGUCUUAUCAAAAAAAAAAAAAACAUACAGAUCAACAUAUUAAUCAUAAUGAAAAUUUUCCUGUGAGAAAAACAAAACAACCACUUCUUUAUACAAUAUAUAAAUUAAAAAAAUUAAAUUAUAAUGACAAUCAAAACGAUCAAACAAAUUUAACUCUUAAUAAAAUUAACUGUAAUGUAGAUACUGUCUUAGACGAGAUCAACACUAAUUUAAAAUCUUUAUAUGAAUUAAAAAAAUUAUCAAAAAAUAAAAUAUUCAACAAUAAAGCUUUAGCAUUUGAUAUCCCUUUAAGUAUAUCUCCCGAUUUAUUAGAACAUCAUUAUUUUAAAAAAUUAUUAAAGCUUAUAGGAUUUUUAUAUAAUGAAAAUGUAGAUGAAUGGAUAUUAAAUGAAAGUUUAGAUUUAGAUAUUUUUAAAAAAACAGUAGACAAAUUUGAACAGUUAUAUGUAAUGGAUAUUCAACAAUUACAAAAGAAAUUAGCAUUUAAUAAAUCGAAUGUUCAGACAAAGAGUCGUGGAAAAAGUCAGGCUCAAAAUGACGAUGACUACGAGGAGGAGCACGUUUCUUCUCACACGGAGAGUAAUAAUGAGGAGAAUGAUUAUUAUGGAUAUGACCAUAUGGAUGAUAAAAAUGACAGAUGUGAUGAUAAAAAAGACAGAUAUGAUGAUAAAAAAGACAGAUGUGAUGAUACAAAUGAUAGAUAUGAUGAUACAAAUGAUAGAUAUGAUGAUACAAAUGGUAGAUAUGAUGAUACAAAUGAUAGAUUUGAUGAUAAAAAAGACAGAUGUGACAAAGAAACAGAUAAGAAACCUAUGGAUGAAGAGGAAUUACAUUUACGUAUGCCAUCUAUAAAAAUAAAAGGUACAUUGAAACUAUUAAAAUUAAUGCAUGAAUUUUUUAUUUCAAAUGAUGAUGAUUGUAGAUUAUUUUUUAAUGAUUUAAUAAAUACCAUCGAAGAGAAAUGUAUUGUUAUCUUUGAAAAAUUAAAAAAAUUUAAAGUUGAUCAUAAUAUGAUAAAUAAGAAUAAUACAACAAAUGAAAAUAAUGACAACCAAUAUAAUAAUUAUGAUAAUAAUAGACAUUCUAAUGAAAUAUGUUUUGAAGAUUAUAAAAUAUAUUUAAGUGAUAAAGAAAAAAAUAUUUUAAAAGGUAGAUGUAACCAUAAAAAUAUUCUAGAACAAAUUUUAGAAAUAUUAGGUUUAUAUAUAUUUUUUAAUGUUCCAUGUUUGAUUAUAAGCAAAUAUAUAAAAGAAGAAGAGUUCUAUGAAAGAAUUACAGCUAUUAAUAAUCAUAAAACUUUAAGUUUAAACGAUUUAAAUAAUAUUAUAAAUACAAAAGAAGAAGAAAUCAAAGAAAAAAAAAAAAAAAAAAAAGAAGAAAGAAAACCAACUGCACAUCAAAAAUUUGCAUUUAUUAAAAGUAUAUGUGAAUAUUUAAAUUAUAAAUAUAUUAUUAUGAAUACUUAUAAAAAUCAAGAAAAUACAGAUGAAAAUAACAACAACAAUUAUAAUGAUACUAAUAAUAAUAUUAUUUAUAAUAAUACAUAUUCUAAAUAUAAAGAUAUAUAUUUUGGUGAUGAUAAAUUAUUAACUCUAUUAUAUGAUAAAUUAAAUCUAUGGAAUAAUAGACGCAAGAAAAAAAAUGAUGAUAUUCUGUUGGAAAUACUGAUCCCUCAAUUAGUUGAAUCGAUAUGUAAUAUGGUGACACCAGAUGGAGAAUCUGAGAACAAACUUGAUGAAAUGAAUAAAAUAUAUACAAAAGAAUAUGACAAUAAUAAUGAUAAUAAUAAUAAUAAUAAUAAUAAUAAUUUUGAUUCGAAUUAUCAAGAAAAUACUCAAAAGAUAUAUUCUUUAGUUAUAGAAAUAGGAGUUUGUUUGAAGGGAAUAUAUGACGAUGCAUCUAUUUUAAAAUGGAAGUGUGAUCAAGUACCAAGAGAAUGGAUGAAAAUCAUGUUAAAAUUAUUUUAUAAUAUUCUUUAUGAUAGUACAUAUAAUGUUAUAGAAAAAUUAUUUAAAGAAUAUAAAAAUAUCAAAGAAAUCUUAAACGACCAGUCUUCUGAUUUCUUAGAUCUAUAUAAAUCAGAUAAAAAGAAAAAAAAGAAAAAGAAAGAACUCAACCAUGUUGAGAAGGAGAAUCAAACAAAUAUUGAUGAUAAUGAAAUAUCCUUUACUAAAGAAUAUGAAGAUAUUCAUAAUAUGAAUGAAAAAAAAGAAGUACAAAAAGAAUAUCACAUAUAUGAUAAUAAUGUGAACACAUUACCAUUUACAAAUAAUAUUCAAGAAGAAAUACCAUUUAAUAACAUAAAUAAUGUAAUUAAUGAAUAUAUUCCAAACGUAGAUAAUAAUAUUAAUAAUAUUAAUGAAACUACAAAUAAUGUAUCAGUUGAAGUUAAUCAUAUAAGUCAAAAGACAAAUAAAAGAAAACUCAAUGAUAUAGAAUUAAAAGAACAUGAUUGUUCUGAUCUAUUCAAAAAAAGAAAAAUAGAAAAUACUUAUAGAAAUACAUAUAAGAAAAAUAGAAAGAUUAUUAUUAAUUCUUUAUUAACAAAUAAAAAUAUUUUCCAAUAUAAAGAACAUGAUAUUAUUAAUAAGGUCAAGCAAAUUUUUAUUAAGGCAAAACAUAUGGCAACUAAUGGGGAUCUACGAAAUAGAUGGAAAUCUCGAGAAGAUGUCAAGAAAAUUCUUUUAUUGUAA